AACACCGGACGUGACCAAGUGGAACUAAAAUAUAUAAGGAGAAGGGAGAACAAAAUGAAGUUGGAGAAUGCCACGGCGUCGCAGAUGAUAGCACUGAAGGGCGUGGUUCGCAAUAGCAGCUAUGUGAUACCGGGGCUAUAUGAUCUGUCGAUCGAGGAUACCAAUUGGGUGUUGACCUCAUCCUUCAUCAUCUUUACAAUGCAAACGGGUUUCGGGAUGCUCGAAUCGGGCUGCGUUUCCAUCAAGAAUGAGGUGAACAUCAUGAUGAAGAACGUGAUUGACAUUGUCCUGGGUGGCUUCACCUAUUGGCUCUUUGGUUACGGCAUGAGCUUUGGACGUGGACCCUUCUCGAAUCCCUUUAUGGCCAUUGGUGACUUUCUGCUCGACCCACCCGUUGGCGACGAACUGAUGGGUCAAAUCUUUGCCGCAUUCCUCUUUCAAUUAUCCUUUGCAACUACAGCAACGACCAUUGUCAGCGGCGCCAUGGCCGAGCGCUGCAAUUUUAAGGCCUACUGCGUGUUCUCAUUCCUAAACACUGUGGUCUAUUGCAUACCCGCUGGCUGGGUGUGGGGUGAGCAUGGAUUCCUCAAUAAUCUAGGAGCCGUGGACAUUGCGGGCAGCGGUCCAGUGCAUUUGAUUGGAGGCGCUGCAUCGUUUGCAUCGGCUGCCAUGUUAGGUCCACGCCUGGGUCGCUAUGCAGAGGGUAUUGAUCCAUUGCCACUGGGCAAUCCGGUGAAUGCGUGCAUGGGUCUCUUCGUUCUGUGGUGGGGCUGGCUGGCCUUCAACUCAGGCAGCACUUAUGGCGUUAGCGGUGCCAAAUGGCAGUAUGCAGCGCGAGCCGCCGUGAUGACCAUGAUGGGCUCUUUUGGCGGUGGAUUCGCCAGUUCGCUCUAUUCGUUUUGGCGUCACGAUGGCCGCAUGGACAUUAUGGACCUGAUCAAUGGCAUUCUAGGUUCUCUGGUCUCUAUUACAGCCGGUUGCUUUCUGUAUCGCGCUUGGGAGGCGCUGCUCAUUGGAGCAUUGGGCUCGUUGCUGUGUGUGGUUAGCAUGCCACUGUUCGAUCGAAUGGGCGUGGAUGAUCCGGUGGGGGCCAGUUCGGUGCAUGGCGUCUGCGGCAUUUGGGGGGUCAUUGCCGUUGGCUUGUUUGCUGACAACCCUUUGCCCAUGGACACAACUAAGGGACGCAGUGGCCUGUUCAAAGGGGGAGGCUGGUACCUGCUGGGCAUUCAAACGCUGUCCGCUCUUUGCUUGGCCUGCUGGGGGAUUUGCUCGACAUUUUUGCUGCUCUACGUGAUUAACAAAGUAAUACCCAUACGAAUGGACCCGCACGAGGAGCUGCUGGGCGCCGAUCUCACCGAGCAUCGCAUACGACACACACAAAUCGGACUAUCUCGCGCUAUUUCCGCAUUGGCACCCAUUAAGAUAGACCUGAACGAGAUUGUGGGCAUCCAACCAAUUGGAAUCAAUCCUGGCCACGAGCGCAGCAUCGAGCAACUGCGUGCUGCCGAGGAUAAGCUGCAACAGUGGCAAUCCUAUCUGGACCAAGUGAGUGGUAAGGCACACAAACUGGGUACGCCCCAGAAAACGCUCGAGGAGCAUCAGCUGGAAGCGGACAUAACUCUCAGCUUGAAACCUAGCUUAACUGAGCAUCGGCAGUCGGGCAGCGUCUUUGGGCGCAGAGUGAGAUCGGUGCACAUUAAAGAGGAUAACUGGAGCCAGGACAAGGGGACCUACAAGCCCAACGAUAGUGAGCUGCCAACAAUUAACCGAGUAGCCAAGCUGGACAAGGAUGGCAACUUUGCCUGGGUCGAUUAAGCACUCAAAAGCUUUUACCAUAAUCCCCAU